AUGAGCAAGUCCAACAAGGGCGCGCAGCUGAGAGUCACUUCCGAGGCCGAGGCCGCAGAGCAGCGCGCCAGCAAGGCGCGGUGGCUGUCGAGGCUCUUUGAAGACCCAGCGUCAGUGGCGUCGCAAACGGCGGCCGCCUACGCGGAGCUGCUAGACGAGGCACUGCUAGACGUCGCAGUCGAGGCGCACCGAGAGGCCAAGCUGGGGCUUGCGCCCGAUCCGCCGCCGCCGCCUCAUGCGCCCCCGCGGCCGCUCGACCCGCUACCUGGCGCAAAGGGCCCCACCGACGUGUUUGGCCAGGCGCACCCGCCCUCCGCCAUGGAGCAGAUCACGUGCAUGAAGUGCGGCCGCAAGGUGGCGGCCGGGCGCUUCGCCCCGCACCUGGAAAAGUGCCUUGGCGGCGGCCGGCAGUCGAGCCGGCACGCGACUCGCCGGGGCGCAGGCUGA